UGGUGGGAAAUAAUUCAACGGUUAACAAAUACUUGAAAAGUGUUGGCUGAAGGGGGGAUGGGUGUAUUAUUGUGGACUGACAUUCUUGACCCCAGUUGACCGCAUGGGUCAGCGCCUUAAAGCACUGGAUCACCAGAGUGCCGUAUAGUAUCUUUAAAAUAUACCCAGCAAACAUCUGUUGAAAUUUCCAAAAAUGACAACAAUUGCAGAAGGAGCAUUCAGGUUUAUUUGCAACAUCUCAAUAAUCUCCAUACGGACACAUGAUUGAGUUAUGUCCCUCUUGCUCCCCUUCCCCCACUUGCUCAACAUUGCUUGCACACCAAAGAACCCCUCCCACAUUUUUGCCUGACUUUAAAGACAACAAGUGAGUUCUCCAAAUGUCUCUAAACAUUUUCAUUCCCUGCUUUCUCUACCUAGAUAUUGUGAGCGCAGCAGAAGAAAUGGAAGCUAUUGGUGAAACUGAAGGUUCCUUCUUCAUCCUUGUGUAACUUUUUACCCAAAUGAAGAGCUACAACUAGCUGAAGGCAAGUGAAGAAGGCGGAACCCCCACACCUCAUGCGUGGGCUCGGCCAAGGUCCGAGCGGAUACGGGUCUGACAAAUAUGGGUGUGCUCCAGCUCCACAACCCCACCCACCCCGGCACGCUUCUGCAGCGCGCCAAUCAGAUGCGUCUGACCGGCACCUUGUGUGAUGUCAUCAUCACGGUGGACGGCCAGGAGUUCCCGGCGCACCGCACCGUCCUGGCCUGCACGAGCAAAAUGUUUGAGAUAUUGUUCCACCGCAGCAGCUUACGCUACGCCCUGGACUUCCUGUCCCCCAAGACCUUCCAGCAGAUCCUGGAGUACGCCUACACCGCCUCGCUCCAGGCCACGGCCGAGGACCUGGAUGACCUGUUGUACGCCGCCGAGAUCCUGGAGAUCGAGUACCUGGAGGAGCAGUGCCUGAAGGUGCUGGAGACCAUCCAGGCGGAGGAGAGCGAGGAGGUGGCGGCGAAGACUCCCGGCUCGGGGGACCACAGCGACCACAGCAGGGCGAGGCACUGGCGGCACAUGUUGAUGUCCAAGAAGCAUACCAUACAGGACGGACACAACCGCGUCACCCCCACCGCUCUCCACCACCUGGCGCUCUACCACAUGACGGAGGGGAGCUCCCCUGGCCCGGAGCCCAAGGCGGCUCCUGAUCUGAGCCCCAAGUUGGACACGGAGGAAGACAUGGAAAGCUCCCAGCAGCCUCCGCGUGACCGCUCAGAGCUACCCCAAGCCUCAAUCCUGGAUCCCGGCAGAAGCAUCAAAUCAGAGAGCAUGCAGGUGGACGACGCCGACGGCUGCGAGGGCCGCUCCUCCAGCGCCGGAGAGGGAAGAUGCACGUCAGAGCAUCCCAGGGACGAGGGCCCGGGAACGCCGCUGAGAGGCAGCGUCAUCACCAGCGCUCGGGAGCUGCACAUAGGCCCGGAAGACGGAGGCCAAGUGGCGGGGAGCCCCCUCGACUGUUUCCCCGGGAUCUCCGAGAAACAUCUGGCCUCCAUGUACUCCGUGCCCUCCAACCACACGGGGGAGGGGAUGCUGCCGGUGUCUGUUUCGGCGGCCCCGUCCCUGGGCGUGCCGCUGGACCCGAGGGCCUACAGCGGCCUCCUGCACCAAGGCCUGCUGCACCGGGAGCUCCUCAGCAGGCUGGGCCAGUUCGCGGCGGGGAUGAGGCACGAGGGCCAGGCCCCAGGCCAGCAGUGCUGUGGCGAGUGUGGCCUUCAGCUGCACAGCAGGCAGGCCAUGGAGCAGCACAGGAGGCUGCACAACGAGGAGAAAGGCCACGGCUGUGAAUACUGUGGCAAACACUUCCAGGACAGCAUGCGGCUAAGGAUGCACAUGCUGUCUCACACAGCUCCUGCAGAGGCGCUGGUGUGUGAUCAGUGCGGAGCGACGUUCUCCUCAGAGGACGCUCUGGAAGCCCACAGGCAAACGCACACAGGGACUGACAUGGCGGUGUUCUGUCUGCUGUGUGCGAAGCGCUUCCAGACCCAGAAGGCCCUGCAGCAGCACAUGGAGGUCCACGCAGGCAUGCACAGCUACAUCUGCAGCCACUGCGAGCGCCCCUUCCCCAGCCACACGACCCUCAAAAGACACUUGCGCUCGCACACGGGCGAUCACCCGUUCGAGUGCGAGUUCUGCGGGAGCUGUUUCAGAGACGACGGCACGCUGAGGGGCCACAAGCGCAUCCACACAGGGGAGAAGCCUUAUGAGUGCAACGGCUGCGGGAAGAGGUUCAGCCUCAAACACCAGCUAGAAACACACUACCGUGUACAUACGGGCGAGAAGCCGUUCGAGUGUAAGCUGUGUCACCAACGUUCCAGAGACUACUCGGCGAUGAUCAAGCACCUGCGCACGCACAACGGGGCGUCUCCGUACCAGUGCACCGUCUGCCAGGACUUCUGCCCCAGCCUGGCCUCCAUGCAGAAGCACAUAAAGGGCCACAAGCCGGAGGACGUGCCGGCGGACUGGAGGAUAGAAAAGACUUACCUGUACGUCUGUUACGUCUGAGCGGGACUUGGACCCGUCCCCCGUGUCCCCCGUGUCCCCCGUGUCCCCCCCCCCCCCCUCCCCUCCCCGCCCGCACACGCUGUCACUGUUGGGUGAAAACCUCGUUACUCCAGUGUUGCUGUUUUUUUGGUUUUGUUUUUUCAUGCUGAAAGAUUACAUGUCUCUCUAUGGGUUUAAAAAAAAAAAAAACAAUGUCUGACGGAGUUUGGAUGAACUGGAAAAAAAGACAUUGUGGUAAGUUGUCACUCUGGGAGAUACAAGGUUUCUACCUGACAACUGAGAUCAACGGUGUUGACACACUAGGGCUGGGACUUUAGUUUCAGUAUCAAUUAGAUUAUUUUUUACUAUGAAGUGAGAGAUGGUCUAGAAUGAAAAAUGUCAGAAAAGUAGUCACAUUUUGGUGACAUCUUCAAAUAACUGCUGUUAUGUUGUCCGACCAACUGUCCAGUCUGAAGAGAUCCAGUUUACAAUGAUAUGAAACGAUGAAAAGCAGCACGUUAAGAAUAUUUAGCAUUUUCCCCAAGAAAUGACUUAAACUCAAAGUUUCUUGACCACUUACUAUUUUAGCCCUCGUGCACAUAAGCAGACACGCACUCUCCCUCCUUCCCUCACACAGCGUUCAGCUAAUGGCUGCAGCUGGAAAGGAUCCACUGUGGUUACAAUGAAAGCAACCAUGGCUGUGACUGCUCACCUGUAUAUGUAGCAGGAAUCUUUUGAUCGAGUGAUUGACUGAUUGAUGGAUUGAUUGAUUGAUUGAUUGAUUGCCAAACCAGAGUCAUCUUCUCGGAAGGGGCAGUAGAUGAAAAUGAUUCCAUGAAGGCUUCAUUGGCUGAAAUUUGCAACAUUAUCUUACUUAAAUUCCUGUGAGUUCUUUUUAGUUUUAUUUCCUGCUGUUUUAUGUUGGAGUUGUUUUUUUAUGUUGCAUGUACUUGAAUGGCUGCCACCUUUUGACCUCAUCUCUUUAAUUGCCUUUUCUUUCUUGCGGUGGGUGGUUUUUUUUUUUCGAGAUUCAAAUUGCUGACAAUUUGAGUUUCUUUUGCAAUGCAACCGGUUUUGCUAUUUAUAUUUUGUUUAUUACCAAAUAUGGGUUGGUUUUAAUCACAUUUUGUGUCGUCUUGGUAGGAUCUUUGAGGGAGAGUUUUACCUCUUCUAACUUUUAGACCUACUGCAAAUUAUUCAGUCGCUAGUUUUAAUUUUGAACCAAUACAUCAUUUUUUUUCAACGGACACGCAGCGAAAUAAAAAACAGCCUCUUUUAUGUGUACGUUUUUAUCAUUAGCUAUAUAUAGAUGUCUUAUAAGAUUAAUGAAUCUGAAUUUCUGAGGAGAAAAUUUAAGAGAACAUGAGAGGAAGUUGUUGUUUUUUAUACAAAACCUGAAAAGAAAAUUCUGACAUUGAAUCACUAUGAGCAGGUUUUUGUCAGUUGUAGUGUAGCUGUAAUGUACAACUUGUCACGGUAUGUUAUUCCCUAAUGUGAGCCUAACACAGGCCGUAUAGAUUUAAACAUGUUGUAUUUUUGUAUUACAGUAAUUUGCUAUCUGUUUACAUUUGGUAUGAUUUGAGAAACAUCUUAAUGUUUGUGUGUGUGUGUGUGUUUUAUAAGUCUCUGAUUUGAUUAAGAUCCCUCCCUCGUGCCUCUUUUAUAACUAGAGCAUUGAUGUGCUUGAGUACAUGGGUCUGUGCUACUGGUUGUUGUUUCUGGGUGUUUGUUUAUUGUUACUUAAUUAAAGAUAGACUGCCAUGUAGAUCCACUUUGUCUGAACAUUGCAACUGGAAGAAACAUACUGUGAUCGUCACUCAGAGACAUGUGCGUACUUUUUACAUCACGGCCGCUUGCGACUUGCAUCAAACAGGUCCCUUCAACGUGACAAUGGACUGAGAUUUCUGGAUGAAAACAGUGUGUAUUGCAAAUCUGGGCAUCGGUGGGCAUUACCAAUGCCCACCUCAGUAGCCAACAACACUCAGUGCCAUGAAAACACACAUUCACUGUAUCUAUUCUACAUGAACAUGCACUAUAAAUGGAUUUCCUUGGUGGACCAAAAGAAACAGAGCACUUUUGUUUUGAAAAAGGGUUUAUUCUUUGAUCUUUCUAUGUUGUGAUAAUGCAAAUGUCCUUUUAUUUGAUGUGUCCUAGAAGGAUGUAAUUAGCAUUGUUUAGAUUAUGUCAAUGUCUGUCUACCUCAGGGCCAGAUCAAAGCUCGACCUGGUAUCCAAUCAGGGUUGUUCCUCUUGCCAUGUGUGCAGUAAAAUCCCUCUUCAUUACAGCUUUGUAACACAGUGUGUGAAAGUGUUUUCUCAGUGUGGAUUCAGGCACAACUCUGUAUGCGUCAGUGUUCGGUGGCAUGGUUUAAAAAAAAAAAAAAGAAUAAAACUAUUUACUAUUU